AAAAAGACAAAUUUAAUACAUUGUUGAUUUGAUUGAAUAGGUGAUGGAUUGAAUAGCCUAUUAUCCAAAAUAGAAGAAUAAAACAUAUUAGAUCUGCCUUAAAACAUGAACAAAGGAUGGCUAGAGCUAGAGAGCGAUCCUGGUUUGUUUACCUUACUGAUUGAAGAUAUGGGUGUAAAAGAUGUCCAGGUAGAAGAAAUCUAUGAUCUACAAAAGGCAAUUGAAGGGACUGCCUAUGGGUUUAUUUUCCUGUUCCGUUGGAUUGAGGAGAGAAGGAGUCGCCGUAAGACAACCACAGAGGAGGAAUCCUUUGUACAGGAUGAGAACAUUGUCAACAGCAUUUUCUUUGCUCAGCAGGUGAUACCCAACUCAUGUGCUACCCAUGCCUUGUUAAGUGUUCUACUAAAUUGUGAUGAGAGAGUCAAACUAGGAGAAACUCUCUCUAAACUGAAGGAGUUCUCCAAAGGAAUGGGACCAGAGGACAAGGGUGUAGCUAUAGGAAACAUGCCAGCAUUAGCGUCAGCGCACAACAGCCAUGCAAGACCUGAGCCCCGGCACCCCCCAGAGAAACAACAGGGACUGUCCACUGUCAGGACCAUGGAGGCUUUCCAUUACGUCAGUUAUGUUCCCAUUCAUGGUCGCCUGUUUGAACUUGAUGGACUGAAGCCCUACCCUAUAGAUCAUGGUCCCUGGGAGAGAGACGAGUACUGGACAGAGAAGUUCCGGAGAGUCAUCACUGAGCGACUGGGCAUGGCCACUGGAGGAGAGCCUUACCACGACAUCCGUUUUAAUCUGAUGGCAGUGGUCCCGGACAAACGAUCCCUGUACGAACACAAACUGGCCACUCUGAAGACCAAUCGACAGAUUGUCCUGGAGACCCUUCAGCAGCUUCUGGAAAACAAGAUGGUAAAAAUGACAAACCCAGGGCUGACAUCAGCAGAUAGAGACAAGUACUUGGCUGCUGUAAAGCAGCAGGGGAGGCUAACACUGAAGAAUGGACAUGAACCAGUUCAGGGGACCAGAACAGAGGUAAAGAAACAGGAUAUAGCAACAACUUCUGGUGGGAAAAGUUCAGAGCCUGCUGAGGAAAUAAUAUGUGUAGAUGACUCGGACAGUGAAAGUGCUAAACCAGAAAAAGAAGACAACAAAAGCCCAGAGAUGCAGGCUAAUGUGCAGGAAACACAGAAUGUGGAGCAAGGUCAAAGUUCAGAAGGCAAAGGUCAGGCUGUGGGAAACCAAGCACAGGGGGGAAAUAGAGAGGAAAAUUCUGAGAGUGAUGAAAAUCAUCAGAUCACAGUGAUGGAGGAGGGUACUGCAUCAUCAGACCUGACUAAGCCACUAACAAUCGAGACCAAAUUCCCAGAAUCCUCGGCGUCUUCUGGCCCCGGGAGUGAGAGUACAGACACUGCAUCAGAAGUUGGAAGUUGUUUCAGCUCACCUACCAGUGGUUUUAACUCCUGCCAGAACAGCCCCCAAACAGAGGCUGGAACAGAUGGCACAUCAAACAAAGAGGACAGUGGCCAGUCACAGCCAACACGACACAAACGGAAGUUCAGCGGGAACCAGCCCUUCACUCCUAAGGAUUUAUUAGCCCUGCUGAAGAAUGUAGAAAAUGAAAUCAAACUGUGUGAAGUAAAUCUCAAGGAUGAAAUCGACAAGAGAAGAAAGUAUCAGAUCGAUGACUGUCGAAGGACCCAUAACUAUGACCAGUUUAUCUGCACAUUUCUGUCCAUGUUGGCAAAAGAAGGUCAUUUAGCUGAUUUAGUGGAAAAACACUCACUGAUCAAGAAACGGCAGACCAGUCUCAGUCUGGGACGCGUGUCCAACAUCAAAACAGCGGCAGAGAGGCGGCGGGUUAGAACCAACAGGAGGCGGUGACAAAUGCAGAACAAACUGCAGUGAUUGGACAGAAACAAUUUUGUGGGCAUUUCAUUCCUCAGAGUGGAUGUUGGGAUAUGAAAGUUUUGACAUGUGUAAUGUGUUCAAAUUAUUUAUUGUAGAAGCAAAAACAAAAAACAAAAAAUAGUGAGAAAGCAGGGAGUGUAUUAUGACUGUUGUGUGAGGAGUUUACAUUGUGAGAAAGCAUGGAGUGUGUUAUGACUGUUGUGUGAGGAGUUUACAUUGUGAGAAAGCACGGAGUGUGUUAUGACUGUUGUGUGUGGAGUUAACAUUGUGAGAAAGCACGGAGUGUGUUAUGACUGUUGUGUGUGGAGUUAACAUUGUGUUUGUGAAGGUGCUUUUCCUUCCUGUAAUGUACACUGUAGAUAGGAGUGAUUGCAUGAAAUUCUGAAAGGUCUUUUUUGUCAUUAUUUGAAAGCAUUGCAUUUUGUAUUUUUAUUCUGUCCUGAAUUAUGUCAUGUGCAGUGUUUGUUUUAUAUACAUUUAUUCCAAAGCUUUGCUUUUUAUGAUCCAUGGUAAUUUUAAAUCAUUUUAAAAAGUUUUAAAGGUACAAAAUGCAUUUGAUUUAUGUAUAUAUUUUUUUCAUAUAGAUUAAACAUGUACAUGUACUUGCAUAUGAAUGAAAUAAACAGUUAUUUUCUCAAA